UUUUUCACUAAUUGGUACGGCAGAUACCGUCUACAGUGGAGCUGUUCGACUAAUGUUACUGGAUUAAAACACAUUUCGAGUGAUGUCAUCGGUGAAGGUGGAGUGUGUGGUGAAAGCGAGUGCUCUGAUUGGUGAAGGGCCGGUGUGGGAGGAGUCAGACCAGACGCUGCUGUUUGUCGACAUCGCCGGACACAAAAUCAACCGCUGGAGUCCAACGACCAAUCAGAUGCAGUCUGUGGAGACAGAGGACUCUGUGGGCUUUGUGGUUCCCCGUGUCUCUGGUGGUUAUGUUGCCGGUGUGGGUCGCAGCAUCGUGGCUGUUGAUUGGUCAACUGAGAUGAUGACAUCACUGGUGGAGGUGGACCAGGACAAACCGACCAAUCGGCUGAACGACGGGAAAGUGGACCCGGCAGGACGCCUGCUGGCAGGUACGAUGGGGAAGGAGGAGAGACCGGCCGAAGUUCAGAAAGGACAAGGAUCUCUGUUCUCUGUGGCCUCUGACCUCACUGUUACCAGACACCUGAGACAGGUGGACAUCUCUAACGGGAUGGACUGGUCUUUGGACCAGAAAACAUUUUUCUACAUCGACAGUUUGUCUCUGACCGUCGACGCCUUCGACUACGACCUAAACACAGGAAACAUCAGUAAGACUCACCUGUACCCUCUCACCUAUACCCUCUCACCUGUACCCUCUCACCUGUACCCUCUCACCUAUACCCUCUCACCUAUAACCCUCUCACCCUACACUCUCACCGAACUCUCUCACUCAUACCUCUCAAACCUGUAA